CAGAAAUGAUUUUUUUGGGAAUGGAACAUUAGCAGGCAAGAUGGCGCUCUCGCUGUCAGCACCCGCAAGCGGACAGCUGCCGCUAUGUGAUUGUGCUAUUAACGCAACAGCAAUGAGAAGCUGCCAUUAAUUAAAUGAGAUUGAGUUAUUGAUAGUAAAUUGUGCUAUUAGGCUAUUGUUGGUGAUAUCAUGAUCAAAGAAUUGAGCAUUCAUCUGAGUUAAUAUGUGAGGGGUAUGAUAGACUACAUCAGACCUGUCCGUCGUUUGGUGCAGCAGAGAUUGAAGAGAAUAGCAGCGAUUUAAAUACUGUUUGGUAUCCGGUUGAUUUUCUACGGGUAACGGCACUUACCAGGGACACUUUUGCAGCGACAAUCACAGCACAUUUUCCACUAUUGGACUGCCUAGGAAACGGUCAAUUGCACGUGAGACUCUGAUGGUUCUAUGCAGCGACAUGCAAACAUACCAUCAAAUACAAGCCAACAAAAGGACAUUCUAACAUUCUGCCAACAUCUGCCUUUCAAUCCGAUUGAUAUUUUUUUUUUGCCUGUCAAAAGAUGAAGGAGCGCUUUGAAACGCAAAAACCGGGUUUGAAUGUGCAAAACAAUGCAGUGUUUCUCUCUACAACUGGCCCAUUUCUUUGAUUAGAAGCUGCAGUGGGCUAGUGUCUCUGCAACAUCAUUAACCACACAUGGCGAGGAAGAUGUUGGCGGCUCUGCUGAUGGUCAUAAUGUCUUCAUCAUUCUUCAUCCCCGGGUUUGCCCUCAGUUCCCAUUUCGACUUGGAUGGCGCUCCGCUAAGUGGGAUGACUUGGCCGUCUUCUCUGGCGGUUGUGGCUGUUUCCUUCUCUGGUCUCUUCACCUUUGUCUUCCUCAUGCUGGCCUGCCUCUGCUGCAAGAAGGGGCACAUCGGCUUCAAGGAGUUUGAGAAUGCCGAGGGGGAGGAGUACCAGGCGGACCUGUCCACCCUGGCGUCCCCUGCAUCCCAGAGCGGACCUGAUGUCUACAUCCUACCCCUCACUGAGGUGUCACUCCCCGUGGCCAAACAACCAGGACAAUCAGUCCAACUCCUGAAAUCCACAGAACUCGGCCGCCAGAGUCUUCUGUACCUGAAAGAGAUCGGAGAUGGCUGGUUCGGAAAGGUUAUCCUGGGGGAGGUGAAUGCGGGCCUCAACACCACCCAGGUGGUGGUUAAGGAGCUCAAGGCCAGUGCCAGCGUUCAGGACCAGAUGCACUUCCUGGAGGAGUCCCAGCCAUACCGUGCCCUCCAGCACCCAGCACUCCUACAUUGCCUGGCGCAGUGCACUGAGGUCACCCCCUACCUGCUGGUCAUGGAAUUCUGCCCUCUGGGUGAUGUGAAAGGGUACCUGCGGAGCUGUCGGGCUGCAGACACAAUGACCCCUGAACCCCUGAUACUGCAGAGGAUGGCCUGUGAGAUCGCCUCAGGACUCUUGCACCUGCACAAACACAACUUCAUACACAGUGACCUGGCCCUGAGAAACUGCCUGUUGACGGCUGAUGUCACAGUGAAGAUCGGAGACUACGGCCUGUCACACAGCAAGUACAAAGAGGACUACUUUGAGACAUCAGACCAGAUGUACGUGCCUCUGCGUUGGAUCGCUCCAGAACUCAUAGAUGAAGUCCAUGGCAACCUUUUGGUGGUGGACCAGAGCAAACAGAGCAACGUCUGGUCUCUGGGGGUUACUAUCUGGGAGUUAUUUGAGUUGGGGAACCAGCCGUACAGACACUACUCUGACAGACAGGUGUUAACCUACGCCGUGAGGGAUCAGCAGCUCAGACUGCCCAAGCCCCUGCUCAAAAUACCAUUGGCAGAGCGCUGGUAUGAGGUGCUGCAGUUCUGCUGGCUCCAACCAGACCAGAGGCCCGAUACAGAGGAGGUCCACCUGUUACUCAGCUACCUGUGUGCCAAGGGGGCCAGUGAGGCCGAGGAGGACUUUGAGAGGCGCUGGAACUCUCUGCGUCCCAACCCCAAUGCCGGCCGCAGCAGCAGCCUACAUCACGGGGCCGGAGCCCUGGCCACUGACCUCCCCUCCUCCUCCUUUCCUCUGCUGGAGCAGUUUUCUGGAUGUGAUGGUUACCACAGCGAAUCAGGAGAUGAUAUACUGACCGUGACAGAGACCAGCCACGGUCUGAACUUCCAGUACAAGUGGGAGCAGACCCAGGCGGGGAUCGGAGCGGAGCAGCCUUACCACCACGCUGCCUCAUCCUCCAGCGGUACCCUGGGGGUCGUCAACCACCACUGCCAGGACCUAUACUACCCAGGUGGAAUGGUGGGGGGCAGUGGUGGGGUGGAGAUGGAGGGGCUCACUCUGGGAGUGUCCCCUUCCUACUAUGAGCACAAGACGCUGCAUGUUUCUGGGGUCGGGGUGGUGCCGGUGCUCAGCGCCCAUAGUCCUUCAGUGAGCUCUGAGUACUACAUCCGCAUGGAGGAGCCUGGCGUGGACUUCACCAUGUACUCCUACAGCCCAGACUACCAGGGCAGCCACGGGAGCUUCCUGACCGGCAGUGGCAGUGCAGACUCAGGGGAGUGUAUGAUGGGGAUGGGUGCAUGUCCCCCCCAGGCCCACUCCAAGCCUGUAGACUCCUACUGGUCAGCAGACGUCUGUAAAGAUAGGGGUGUUGGAGUGUAUGACUCAGACAUCUCCCUGACAAUGGAGCCCCAUGUCUCUGACUCCAGCCCCCUGAGACCAUGGGAGGCUGGUCACUACGUCUCCUACAAGGACCGGGACGGGGGGUACUACUACGAGCACUCACCUCCCAUGGGCAUAGGCCACCACAUGGGGAUGGGGAUGGACCAGCAUUACCUGAUGGGGCAGGAACACUCUCCCCCCGAGCCCCAUCUGGAGAGCUGGGGGUCCCGUAGCCUGCGUCAGGCCCUGGGGGAACUGGACAACCCUCUGGGGAUAUCUCCCUCCAUCAGCACCCAUCUCCAGGAUGGUGGUCCUCCUUUUGGGGUAGGCGACCCCUACUUGGAGACGACCCAGGGCCCAGGCUCCAUCAUCGGGGGGAGUAGCGUCACUGGCGGCUACUAUGACAUGAUGGGUUCUCUGCAGAAAACCAUGCCGACCAUGCCAGACCACGCCCACUCAGUCAGCAUCACUAUGGUGUCGGAAGAGGCCCUCUUCAUCUGUCACCAGGACAGCGACUCGGCUGAAGAAGAGGAUAUAUUCUCAGAGAGGCUGAGGAGUAACAGUAGUAACCUCUCCAACCCCUCCACUAACAACAACAGUCUAGGCCUGGGUCUAAGCCUUGGCCGUAGUGGACAGGCUGGCUGUAGACAACAACAGGAUCCCUAUGAAGACUUCCACUACACUAUGCCCACUACCGACAUAGAGGACUCGUGGCCUGAAGAGCACUACCUGACCUUCCGCUCCUCUGCCUCUGCUGCAGUUAAACCCAUAGACUACCUGGAGGCUACAUCGGCUAAUGACAGCGGCUGUCUAGUCCUGGGGAACCAUCAUGCCCUGGUCCCCUCAGGGGACGCCUGUAAUGCCUACAUCUACAUGUGCCAUGAGGGGGAGGGGGAGAGGGAGGUAGAACCGCCACCCAUCGAGUGCUGCCACUCUCAUUUCGUCGACCCCCUCAUAGGCUUAAUGGUGCAGAACUACACCCGGGACGACUACAGCAAUAAGAUUGUAGAGAUACCCAACAACGAGGAAGAGAGUGUGAAUCUGUCGCCAGCACCGGGAGGUCCUAAACCAAUCCUAACGCACAACACUAAGACCAGCAAAACCCCUCUAGACCACUCUGAGCAAUAUGUUGACAUCACUAUGGACGAUACCCUUUCAAUAGAACACAAGGAAGAGGUUAGUACGGAAGACAAAGGGGUUCUCACAGACCCUAAACCAGAGGGUGUGAUUCUGAUCCUCUCCUCAGUGAAUGUUCCUGACCUAGUCCCCGUGGUCGAGCAAGAGUCAGAGCUGAGCCAUACGUUAGACUGCGGCCUAGACAGAGACCACUGCUCCAGCAUCAGUCUAGUGGACAUCUCCGACUGCUGCACCGACGACGAUGAAGAUGAUGACAUCACCGACUCGACCUCAGAGAUCUUCGCCGACGAGGCGUCGGUUGGGGACCCUAACGCCUCCCCGUCCCUGGCCCGUCCCCUCAAGUCCCUGCAGAAGCAGGUGGGAACCCCCGAUUCCAUGGCCUCCAUGGACCUGAUGCCUUCAGCAGUCGGCUCCACCUGCGAGGCUUUCAGCCCCGCCUCCAGCUCCUCCCACCCAUCUAGCUCCUCCCCCAAGGCAAUGGACAGCGGGUACGACACAGAGAACAAUGAGAGCCCAGAGUUCGUCCCCAAGGAGCCCUACAACGAGCCUCGGGGCCCAGAGACAGUCACCCAGCCACUGGGGGAGUCUGUCCUGGACACCAGCCUGGAUGAAGAGGGGGAGGAGGGGGGAGAGGAGGCCGAGGUGGCCCCACUGGAUGAUGAGGAUGAACCGACCCUGGAUGAAGAUGUGCCUCUAGCAGCCUCACAGACCACAGACAAAGAGAAGGGUCUGACCCCACUCAGUGAGAAGAACCCUUACAGGGACUCUGCCUACUUCUCUGACAAUGAGAACGAACGUCUUUCCAGGGAUGAGGGGGGUGACAAAGUAGGGGGUGAUGAAAAUGUAGGAGUGGAGGAGGGAGAAGUGGAAGAGAGGCUGACAGUGAAGAGGGAACUCAGCCCUCUUCAGAUAGAGGAGGAAGAAGAGGAGGGAGUGGAGACCUCAGCUCUUCUUCUGGAGGAGAGUGAAGACCCAGAGAUGGAAGGAUGCCUGACAGAAGAGUGCACCCAGGAUGAAGGGCUAGAGCUGGGGCUAGAGCUAGAGCUGGCCUCCAUUCUCUCUGGAGAAGUAAAGGCAGGGUCGGAAGGAUGGCUUGCCCAGGAGAAACCCUCUUCCCUGGGAGACUGGGCUGCAGAGGUGGUGGGGGCUAUGGAGGAAGCCCUGGAUGAACUCCAGAGAAGCAGCAGUACUGAAACCAGCUCUUGUACCAAGGAGAAGGAGGAAGAGGAUGAAGGAGAGCAAAGGGACAUGGAGGACUCAUCUGAAGCCUUAGAAACAGCAGACUUCCUAGAAGAAGCAUUUACCAAAAUGCCAGAGACCCUCGACAAGGACGAUAAUGACGAAGAGAACAGUCCUCCCGCACGGCGUCGACGCUUCUCCUUCUCUCCUCCCCCUCCCUCCACCCCUCCUCUCUCCUCUCCUCCCCCUCCCUCCACCCCUCCUCCUCCUCUCCCCCCAAUGACUCCCCCUCUGGGCCAGGAGUUGCCCAUGGAUGGGGGGGAGGCGGACGAGGAGGACGGAGAUGGUGACUCCGAUGAGAGUGAGUCAGACGAGGAGCUGAGCAGUUACAGUGUUCAGGAGGAGCAGAGUGGAGGGGAGGAGAGCGGGGAGGAGAACCAUGCUGUACCCAUUGUGGUGAGCGACUGUAGCGAUGCUCAUAACCUACGUAGUCUACUGAAGAUGCCCACCCCGCUCACCGCCGAGUUGCUUGCAGAUGACCUGCUGGAACGCAAGAAGAAAGUGGUGUCCUUUUUUGAUGAUGUCACCGUUUACCUGUUUGACCAGCAGAGUCCCACUAAAGAGCUGGCUGAGCAUGGGUUCUCUCCAGGGGCUGAGACCAGCGGACAGGGUUCACUGGUCAAACAACCAACCUCUGAUGACUCUUCAGAUGGAAACAUCUCAGAAGAGAGUGCAGGGUAUGAGUGGGAGGAUGACUUCCCCCUGUUGCCCAUUCCCACUUCCUCAUCCAAGAUGGCUGCCUCCUCCUCAGGCUCAUCCCCCUCCACACCCAGUCUGCCCUCCACCUCCAAGGCCCCGGAGCCAAAACCAGCAGUGCAGUACUCCCGCUUCACAGUCUCCCCUAGCCACGUGUCUCGCUUCUCCAUCACACACGUCACUGACUCUGACGUGGACUCUGGUCCAGGGAGCAGUGAGGAUGGAGACAGAGUACUAUAGAACCUCAGCCACCCAGACACUGCAAGAACUGCACCAUAUAAACAUGACUUUUGUUUAGUGUUUUUUGGACAUCAGCUUUCUGAAAAGACAGUGACUCGUUGUUAAUGAACACUUUUUGAAAGGAGUCUGUAAAAGGGAUGUGAAAGUAGAGAAUCAACACCUAUUAGAAUAUAUCAAAUACUAUAUGAUGAUAAUAUACACAUACAAAGAAGAAUAUAUAUGUUUUCAAAAUGACUUGUAUGAAGGUAAAGACUUACGUUGCAUUCAACAUAUUUUUGGGAACAAAGAGAGAAACUUUAGAACAGACGUGUUACUUGUUUGCCACCAUAGACA